AAUGCAGGUAAUUAAGCAGUACAGCACCAAUUAAGCAAAGCCACAGCAACGAGAGAGAGCUUGUGAAGUUGUGAUAUUUCAUUUUGACCAUAUGGGUUACUCCUACUCUUCCGCCGCCGUGGCGGUGAGCGUUUUGGUGGUGGCGUUGGCGGCGGCGGCGUCGGGCCAGCUGUCGACGACGUUCUACGCCUCGUCGUGCCCGACCGCGCUGUCGACGAUCAGGAGCGCCGUGAACGCGGCGGUGGCCAGGGAGCCCCGCAUGGGCGCCUCCCUGCUCAGGCUCCACUUCCACGACUGCUUUGUCCAAGGAUGCGACGCGUCGAUACUGCUGGCCGACAAUGCCACCUUCCGGGGGGAGCAGGGUGCGUUCCCUAAUGUCAACUCGCUGAGGGGAUUCGAGGUCAUCUCUAGCAUUAAGAUGCAACUCGAGGCAUCUUGCAGGCAGACCGUCUCCUGCGCCGACAUCCUUGCUGUCGCCGCCCGCGACUCCGUCGUCGCCCUAGGAGGUCCAUCGUACCCGGUGGAGCUCGGGAGGAGGGACGGGAUGACGACGAACCAAACCAUGGCGAACACCAACCUCCAUCCACCGACCACCGACCUGGGUAACUUCGUCACUAGCUUCGCCGGGAAAGGGCUCAGCCCCACCGACCUGGUUGUACUCACUGGAGCGCACACGGUGGGCGUGGCGCAGUGCACCAACUUCCGGUCGCGGCUCUACGGCGAGUCCAACAUCAACGCGCCGUUCGCGGCGUCGCUCCGGGCGAGCUGCCCGCAGGCCGGCGGCGACACCAACCUGGCGCCGCUGGACUCCACCCCCAACGCCUUCGACAACGCCUUCUUCACCGACCUCAUCGCCGGCCGCGGCCUCCUCCACUCCGACCAGGAGCUCUACCGCGGCGACGGCUCCGGCACCGACGCCCUCGUCCGCGUCUACGCCGCCAACCCCGCCCGCUUCAACGCCGACUUCGCCGCCGCCAUGGUGCGCAUGGGCGCCAUCAGGCCGCUCACCGGCACGCAGGGCGAGAUCAGGCUCAACUGCUCCAGGGUCAACUGAUCUGUAUAUCUCUACGAAAUGCGUCGAUCUACUGUACCUACGUGGAUAGAAUCGAAUCGAAUAAGACUAGACUAUUAAUAAGCUAAUAAGUGAUUAGCGAUAUCGCGAUAUGUAUAAGUGCGCAACGUGAUAUUGAAUUUAUGUAAGGGCUUGUCCGGUUUAUUGCCAUUUUCAACACUAUCGACUUUUAAUAUUAUUAUUAAAUUUUGGUAGAAUAAA